UAUUUCUCAAGUAGCAAUAAAAAAAUGUGUCAAGCGGUGUAUUUAGGUUUGAUGUCAGUGGCACUCAGUCUUGCGCCAGGUGCCACCCAUGCAUCUGUUAGGGUAGCGAGGCAGGCGAGUGUCGAGAGAUCGCUGGGGCUUCCUAGCAACUCCUCCUCCGUCAGACAGAACAUCCGGGACACGUUCAGUUGCGACGGACUAUCCUACGGGUAUUACGCCGAUGUGGACAACGACUGCCAGAUCUUCCACAUCUGCUACCCUUACCUGCAGGUCGACGGAUCCACGCAGAUGUUCAAGUGGUCCUUCCUGUGUCCAGAACAGACGAUCUUCAACCAGGAAACGCUGACGUGCACGAGACCGGAAGACGCUGUUCCCUGUGAGGAAGUUGUGUCCUUUUACUUCGUCAACAGCGCCUUCGGUAAAGUUGACGAGCCUUUCAGUAGAAACGAGAUUUAGGCCCAUCGUGGCACCCUCUGUGGCACCUUGCUCUCGGCAGGUGUCAACUUUAAAGUAGUCAUGACGAGUAUGUGUGCCAGAAUUAUUAUUAAUUUUAUUACUAUCUCUAGUUUUGUAUUUUUAGGUAUAAAGGAUUCUGUGUUCUUUUAUUUUUUC